AUGACCUGCCGGGCCCUGCUCCCAUGGACACUGCUGCUCACCCAGUUGCUGGCAGCCACAGCGGUCCAGCCAGGCCAGCUGCUCGGGGCGCUGUCCUUCCAGGGCACUCUGGACCACGCUUCCUUGGGAGGCCUGUUAAAUACACUGGUGGCCCGUGUGCACUGCGAGAGCGGGCUGUGUGGAAAGUGCCUGACCGUGGAGCAGGCCCUGGCCCUGGGAGAACCCCCACGGGGGCCUCUGAAUCCUGAGCACGUGGCCCGCCUCAGUGCGGCCAUCACCCUCUACCUGGCUGAUCCCGAGAGCACCUGUGCUGACAUCCUGGCCGGACACUGGGCCACCCAUGCCGACCACCUCCUGGCCCAGCUCCAGGGUCCCGGGGCACUGAUCCCAGGCCUGACCCGGCUGCUGCAGAGAGUUGGAGCCCGGGGGCUGAGGCCUGUCCCUUUCCAGGGCUGCGUGGAGCUGCCUCAGCUGCUGCAGGAAGUGAAGGAGCUGGGGGUCCCCUGCAGUCCCGGGCCCGUGCUGGCUGCCUUAGUGGACCAUAUCGGGAACGGGUCCUGUGUGUCCAGCCUGCCAGCGCCCCAGUACUUCAUUGACUUUGUCUUCCGGCAGCACAGUGGUGAUGCUCCCAGUCUUACCCUGGCUGAGCUGACAGUCCUGAUGCAGCGCCUAGGGCUGGCUCGAGUGGCUGAGUCGCACCAUCAUGCCCAUGACCAUGACCCGCACGAGGACUCAGGACAAAGCACCCAGACUCUGGCCACCACCAUGCUCCGUGCCGCCACCAACAGCAACGCCAGCAGCAUCUGGGACACAGUGUGCUUGAGUGCAAGAGAGGUGAUGGACGUCUACAGCCUCUCGGUAGACACAGGAAUAACCCCUGAGGCCUGGGCCCAGCUGAGCCCUGCCCUACUCCAGCAGCAGCUGAGUGGGGCCUGCAGCUCCCAGGCCAAGGCUCCAGUCCAGAACCAGCUCAGCCAGGCAGAGCAGUAUCUGUACGGCUCCCUGGCCACGCUGCUCAUCUGCCUCCUUGCUGGACUGGGAUCUCUGCUCCUGUGCUGCGCACGCUGCAGUGUAGUCACCCAUUACGUCCUGCAGGCCUUUCUGGGCAUGGCUGUGGGCACCCUCACUGGAGACGCCGUCCUGCAUCUGGUCCCGAAGGUGCUGGGGCUGCACGCUCACGACAAGGCUGAGGAUCAUCACCAUGGCCCCCAGCCCACCUGGCGCCUCCUGGCCAUGCUUGGCGGCUUCUAUACCUUCUUCCUCUUUGAGAACUUCUUCAAUCUUUUGAUGUCUGUGGACCCCAAGGACCCAAAGGAUGGACCCCGUAGCCACGAAGGACAGAGCCACAGUGUGUCCCUGAAGCUGGAGCCCAGUGAGCUCCGGCUGCCCGAACAGCCCCACGAGAGCUUGAGAACAGACCUGGCGUCAGAAGAGAGCCCGGAGCUGCAGACUCAGAAAGCCGAGAGAAGGAGCCGAGAGCUGAGGUCGCUGCCUUACACGAUCGUGGUGGGCGAUGCUGUGAACAACUUCGCCGAUGGUCUGGCCAUAGGCAUCGCCUUUGCCUCUUCCUGGAAGACUGGCGUAGCCACUUCCCUGGCAGUGUUCUGCCACGAGGUGCCACAGGAGCUGGGGGACUUUGCUGCCUUCCUCCAUGCUGGGGUCUCGGUGCGCCGUGCACUGCUUCUGAACUUUGCUUCUGCGACCACGUCCUUCGCCGGUCUCUACCUGGCACUGGGGAUUGGGAUCACCGAGGACAACGAAGCCUGGAUUCUAGCUGUCGUCACGGGCCUCUUCCUCUACGUGGCUCUCUGUGACAUGCUCCCAGCCAUGCUGAAAGUGCGGGACCGUCGGCCCUGGCUCCUUUUCCUUCUUCACAACGUGGGCCUGCUGAGCGGCUGGAUCUUGAUGCUCCUGCUGUCCCUGUAUGAGGAUAACAUCACCCUCUUAUGGCCUCGGCCUGGCUCUAUUAUGUCUCCUGGUGGCCUUUAUCAGGGUCCAUCAUGA